AAACAAAACAAAUUCCACUGCGGUGCCGUCCCUCCCUUCGCCGGGCCGCCCGGCACUGUGGCCACCGCCGUUUGGCCAUAGGGUUCUCGUCGCCCGCGACAGCGAUGUCGGCGCCGCCGGUGCGGACGCUCGCUGACCUCGAUGGCGACGUGCUGGCCCACUGCGCCGGCUACCUCGGUGCCCGCGACGUCUCCAGCCUCGCCAUGGCCUGCCGGCCCCUGCGCGCCGCCGCCUACUGCGACGCCGUCUGGUACCGCCUCUUCAGAGGAAACAUGGGGACAAUAAAGGGGUUUUCGAACAUAUAUUGUUCUGGUGGGUGGCAGCAGCUGGGCAUAGGAAGGGAUCAAUGGCCAUUUGAGGAAGUGCCACGUGGAGCUUUGGGGCUCAGAGAACUAUACAUCCGUAGGCACACUGAAGUACAUCAAAUGAAAUUUGAUGAUCCCCUAUCCGCUAUUUAUCACCUAAAUCCUGCGGAAGCAACACCCAGCCGUCUAAUGCUGGAUAGGAACUGCAUCUGGGUGUGUCAGGGUCCAGUAGCCAAAAAACUCAGUGUUGAUUGGCCAGAAGCUGAAGUGGUGGAGACCCACAGAAAUCAUGGUGCAAGGAUCACUUGUAUGAGAUUAUUUUCACUGAGUGAUACUCCACUGUUUCGAAGUGAUACACAAAAAAAUGAAAAGGCAUUAGUCACUUCAAGCACAGACAGAACAAUCCGUCUUUGUUGGAAGGGUCACUCACGCUGUUACAAGGGCCAUUCAGCACCUGUCACUGCUCUGGCUGAUAAAUUGCUUGCAGACGGUGAAUUUAAAGUACUUGCAAGUGGAGGGGAAGACUGUACUGUUCGCCUAUGGUCUAUGAGUACAAGGGCAAAAAAUCACCCUCUAAUAGCAACAUUUCAUGGCCAUGAAAAGGCACUGUCAUUUUUAUCUGUUGCUCGGCAUAAGUCCUCCCUGUUGGUGAGCAGUUCCAAAGACUCAAAGGUUAAAAUUUGGGACACCGUGGCUCCUUCCAGUGGUUCAUCGUCAUGUGUAGGCAGCACUCACAUCAACUCAAGCGGCCCACCAAUUGCAAUGAAGUGCCAUGAAUCCCUUUGCUACAUGGCCACUGGAUCUGAAGUGACAGCGAUUGACUUGCGGACAAUGAAGAAGGCUUCGGUUCUUGCACUCCACAACCACAGAAUACUUUCUUGUGAGAUGCUGCCGUCUGAAUGGUUAAUAUGUACCGGCACGAAAAACAAGGCUCUUCUGUGGGACAUCCGUAAGGCUCAAGAACUCCCAAACACAGUGACGGAAAUGCAAUCAGACGGCCCAGUGACGUUGCUUCAUUUGGACCGGUACAAGGUGGUGACGGGAGUGCCAUCAGACGGCCAGGUCCAUGUCUGGGAAACGCGAACAGGCGAACUAUUGAACACAUUAAGCUGUGGCGAGCCUGCAAGAUCGGGAGGGAGAAUCACAGUUUCAGCCAUGGCUCUGGACGGGUGCAGGAUGGUCAUGGCAGGCAGCUCUCCGGAAGGCAGCGUGUUGCACUACCGGGACUUCCUGAGGUCUUCCACCCCUAUACCUUUGGCUGGGGAGGAGGUUUCCAGGUUCUGGAGGCCCCGUCAAUUCGGCGAAAACGACGACGAAAACGAGGAUGAAGACUAUUACUAAUUUAGUUAAGCUAUAUCUCGCAUGAGCUUUCGGUUUUGCUACUAGCAGUUGUAAAGAGCAAAGACAGGAGAGAUGUUUGUAAAGGAGCGUGAUUCUUCAAGUUUUAUUUUUAUUUAUAACAUAUGUAUUCUCUAUGAGAAUACUAAUAAGUAUAUAUAUCUCGCCCCUGGCCUAUGUAGUA